CGACUUGAGACUGAGAGAAUUCAAGAUGGCUGUCUCAGGCUUCAGAUGAGGGCUUCUUCCUGCUUUGCCCUGGUGUGUAACUUUUUCUUGCAGCUGACUGAGUGUCAGUGCUGCCAGUCCCUCACUGCCCCUUAGGAGACACCAUGUCCAACACCUCCUCCUGUUCCUCCUCGGGGGAAACCAGCCCAGAUGAUACACCCCGAGGUGGGGGCACCAUUCGUGUCUACCUCCCCAACAAGCAGCGGACGGUGGUAAAUGUUCGGCCGGGACAAACUGUCUAUGAUAGUCUAGAUAAAGCCCUGAAAGUCAGAGGCCUAAGCCAGGAUUGCUGUGCUGUCUUUCGCCUUCUUGAAGGCCGGAAGAGACUUACAGAAUGGGACACUGACAUCACACCCCUCGUAGGGGAAGAGCUUCUGGUAGAAGUGCUGGAUGAUGUUCCUCUUACCAUGCACAACUUCGUACGUAAAACAUUUUUUAAAUUAGCUUACUGUGACUUCUGCCACAAGUUCUUGUUCAACGGCUUCAGGUGUCAGACGUGUGGGUAUAAAUUUCACCAGCACUGCAGCAGUAAAGUUCCUACAGUAUGUGUGGAUAUGGACACUGUCACAAAACGGUGUGUUUCUAAUACAGAAGACUGCCCUUCGAUAAUGAUAUAUCCGGCCACCAAUUCCAUAUCACAGAGUGACAUUCCCAUAUCUGCAGAUUCUCUUGGAGGAGAACAGCUGUCUCCCACAUCAGGCUUCCGUGUGUUCAUGCGAGGAGAGGAUGGUCAGUCACUCCAGAGGCAUCGCUCCACCUCAACCCCCAACGUCCACAUGGUCAGCACGCUGGAGCCUGGCGCUGCUGGCCUCUUGGAGGAGCCAUUCAAAAUCAGCACAAUGGGGCAAGAGUCCUCUCCCAAGCCUUCCACUAGCCCACCUCACCUAGGUUCACCAGGAAGAAGACCUCCCAAAUCCCCUUCUGAGCCCAAGGAACGGAAACAGUCCUCAUCUGAUGAUAAAAAGAAAGUGCACCGGGGAGGUUACAGAGACUCCAGUUACUACUGGGAGGUGCACUCACGGGAGGUGAAUAUGUUGAAGAGGAUUGGAGCAGGUUCUUUUGGGACCGUCUAUAAAGGCAAGUGGCAUGGAGACGUGGCUAUCAAGAUUCUUAAAGUGACAGAGCCAACACCGGAGCAGCUCCAGGCCUUUAAAAAUGAGAUGCAGGUUUUACGAAAAACACGCCACGUCAAUAUUCUGCUGUUCAUGGGCUUCAUGACGAAGCCUAAUUUUGCCAUUAUCACGCAGUGGUGUGAAGGCAGCAGCCUCUACCGCCACCUGCAUGUUACUGAGACCAAGUUUGACACCAUGCGCCGUAUCGAUGUUGCUCGCCAGACUGCACAGGGCAUGGAUUAUCUUCACGCCAAGAAUAUCAUUCAUCGGGACUUGAAAUCUAAUAAUAUCUUCCUGCACGAAGGCUGGACGGUAAAGAUCGGUGACUUCGGGCUGGCCACAGUAAAGUCCCGCUGGAGUGGCUCUCAGCAGGUCGAACAGCCCAGUGGCUCCAUCCUGUGGAUGGCCCCUGAGGUGAUCAGAAUGCAAGACACUAACCCAUACACCUUCCAGUCAGAUGUAUAUGGAUAUGGAGUGGUGCUCUACGAACUGAUGUCUGGGACUUUGCCUUAUUCGAAUAUCAACAACCGCGAUCAGAUUAUUUUCAUGGUGGGUCGUGGGUACUUGUCUCCAGACCUCAGUAAAUUAUACAGUAACUGCCCUAAAUCAAUGAAGAGGCUCAUCAUCGACUGUCUGAAAUUCAAACGUGAUGAACGGCCUCUCUUCCCACAGAUCUUGGUGGGCAUCGAGCAGGUCCAGGAUCUGUUGCCAAAAAUCGAGCGGAGUGCCUCUGAGCCCUCUCUACACCGUGCUGUACAUGCCGAGGACCUGAACCCGCUUCUCCUUCACACCACACGCCUCAUGCCUCUGUGAGACUGCCGGAGACGGUCCGCUCCUCACCCGAAUGCCGUGCAGCAUCAUUCCCGAGUUCCUCUCAUUAUUCCACACAUUCCUGAGAGCACCCUGAUUAUUUCAUAGUCAAACACACACACAUCAUCCCAUUUAUCUACUCGUUCACACCUUCCUCUUUUCCAUUCCAGCUGCUCCUCCGUAAAGCUGCCUCUAGAGAAUGUCAGAUUCUGUCUGGACCAGCUGCUUUCUAAAACAGAAGCAGGAAAUAAACCAUGCUCUCUUACUACACUUAUUGGAUUUUGAAAUCCAAGCAUCAUAUCAGCAAUGUAUCGGCACAAUCUUAAUAACCUCCUUUUUUGAGGUGUUGUGUUAUGGUUGCUUUCACGUUACCUUUUUUACUUUGAGAUCAAAGUAGCGUUUUACUUCAGAACAAGAAAACUAGCAUGGAGAUUUACGUUUUGUUUAAUUUUUUUUCUCUCCCUGUUCUCCUUGCUUGAACCUCAUUGGCCAACGAUAGCACAAUGUUGAUGACUCUAUUCAUCUACAUCAGUCACAGAGACUCAGUUUGCAGUCAGUUGCUUUAAGUGAUGAUCAUAAACAUGAUCAUAUGCCCAUUGGCAUCUUUUUAAAUUCCGUUAUUUUUCAAAUGGAAAAUAUAGCUUAAACCCUUAAAUGGUGUCAGAUUUGGUUGGAUGUACAUGUGACUUGUGCCCUUAAUAAUUGUGUUGUGCAUUUGUGAUAUUUUCAAAAAAAGUCCUCUGAUUUGACUAUCUUUGGGCUUCUUUUGUAUGUUGGUGAGCUUUAAAUUGUGAAAUUUAAAAAAAAAUGGCACAAAUCCUGUUGGUAUCCUCAAAGCAGUGGUUCGCUUCCUGAAAAAUUAACGUGUUGCUUUGAAAUGAGUACAUUUCUGGAUUCAUACACGAAUGAUUGUUCGUUUAAAACUAAGUAAAAGUCACAAACUAAACUAAAAUGGCAUGCGAUGACCAUAAGCAAGACUGGUAAACACUUCGUGCCAGUCUAACUUGUGAACUAAUGCAUUGUGGUAGUGUUAACUGCUCGCCAUUGCUGCCCGUGCUGUUGGAUGUUUGCAUGGUAGUUCACAUUUGGAGAUACUAGUGAUUUUGUUCACAGCUCUACGUUCAGAGUUUUGGAGCGUGUUGAUUUGUUUUGCAGUGUCUAAGAAACAAUGUCCAUAAAUGGCCUUUUUUUUGCAGCUUUAGGGUGGCGUUCUGGUUCACACCCUUAAGCAGUUUUCAAAGAAAAUACACUUUUUAAAUAAGGCUGCUAACUUUAGACCCGCUGCUGAUUUCUGGUUAGUCAAUUGGUUUUAGUGUUGAGUGAGAUGAUCAAACUAAAUGUGCUCUUAUAAGGGCAGGAAGAACAGAAACUUCGUAGCAUUUUUUUCAGAUCAAAUUUGUCGCAGCACGGGGUGAGAGAGUGCUUCUGUAUGCAGAUUCUUCUUUCAGUUGGUUCAUUUUAUUCCUUAAACUCAAAGCAUGUCUUUGCAAAACAGUCGUGCUUGUUUAAUAGCAAUAUUAAAGAUCUUUAUCCUCCCAUUCAGCUGGUUUCAAUAGGACUGACUGAAACCUACAGUGAUGGGGCCUUAUGUGAUUUUUUUUUUUUUUUUUUUUUUUUUUUCCAUCUGUCCUUUUAAUGGAGUCUUAAUAUAUGUAACUUAUUGAUUCAUAACUGACACUUGUACUAAAGGCAGAGCUUUGGAUCUUAUCUAGCAAUAUUCAAAUGGGGCUGGGUCCCCCGUUGAGCUGUACUCAUUCCAAAUAUGACGCCUAUGGAAGAUUCACCAGGCGAUUCUUGUGUCUUUUGUUCAUGAAAGAUGGUUUCAGCUUCCCCUCAGUGACUAUUCGAAAUGAAUAUGUUGUAUUUUUUUAGACAAACCUGCCUAUCUUAAUACAUUUCUUUUUAGUUACACAUUUCUGGACUCUUGUAGAAUGAUGAUGUGGUACUCCAAGUUUAGAAUUUUCCAAGAAACCAGUGGUAAUAAUAUUGUUCAGUACAAAAGGAGGUAAUUGAGUUGUCAAGCAUUUGUAGAUGGCACUAUAUGCUCUUCUCUAUUAGUGUCGGUUGAGAAAGCAAGACUAUCGGUUUAUUUUUGUAUAGAUUUGGAUGCACAGCUAGUUCUAUUGAGAUUUAUAAUACAAUUGAAGCUAUAAAUGAAUUAUGUGGCUUUAAAACAACAGCCAAGAAACCUCUAUAGACUCUGGUUUAGGAACUGAUUUUUUUUUUCCCACCAAAUUCCACACUGUAAAAGGUUUUUACCGGUUUCAACUUAAAAACUUAAAUUUAGCAGCUGUAUUAAUUUUCAGUUAAAUCAACUUAAAAGUACAAGUCAUUUCAACUGAAACUUAACUUAAAUUAUUAAGUUAAAACUGGUGAAUUUUUUUGACAGUGCAGCCUUACUUGUUCUGGUUUCUCAUACUGGUCCUAGAUCAUUAGAACAGUAACUACUUCUGCCAACUUUGGAUAUUUGCAGCAUUGCCUUAAUGGCUUUAACGUCCCUCUGGAUACACGUGGGACAGAUAGUUUUUUUUCCCCUCUUGUAUCUUUGUAAGCACCUCAUUUGUUCAAAGCACACUUUUAUAGUUUCCAUUAAGCCCAAAAAUAUGAUAAUCAGUAUAUGAGAUUCAGUUUCUGCUUUUGCACAAGGGCACGAAUGCAAAAGGGUGAAACUUAGCCACCGUUUUUCAGAACAGAAAAUAUAACGAAAAAUCAGUUUUGUUUAAAAAGAUUAGUUUUGCAUAUUUUAGGUGAACUGCAAUAAUGUGUGUAUAGUUGAAGAGGUCUAAGGGGUGUUUGCGAAAAAUGGUGUAUUCUGCCGUGUACAGUUACUUUUUGUUUUUUUGUUUGUUUUUUUUUUUAAAAGAAAAGAUUACUUUAAAUUGUAUUUGUUUCUAUUUUUUGUGUGAUGGUUCAAAAAGAACAAAAUUAUUUUAAAACAUGUAAAGGAAAUCUUAGUAUUUUUUAGUUUUUUGGGUCUUAAAUAUUGUGGAGACAGGAUUUUGUUCUAAAAAUAAAAGUUGAAUUCUGA